AUGUCGGUCAGUGAUUACGAACAAUGGUUGAGAGCAUGCAGCAAGGAAAACCAACAUGUCAUUGAGACACCGAGUGAACUCAUUACUGAAACGGAACAUCACCGUACCGUUUGUAAUUCUGUGAAAACAGGAGGAACAGCCGCUGGUUUAGUUGGAACAGGCUUGUUGAUUGGAUCUCUAGUAGCCGCACCAUUCAGUGGCGGAGCAUCUCUUCUACUAACCGCCAGUGCUGCUGUUUGCUCAGUCGGUGGUGCUGCAACGAACAUCGUUACCGGUGCAGUUGAUCGAAGUCAAACUAAGAAGAUUAUCGGUGAAAUCCAAUCAUUGAUUAAUAGUCGUACGGAGAUAACGUCGAAAUUAAAAGAACAAUCUGUACGUUUCAGCAGAGUGAUUGAACAUCUAGUUUUAAGUGAUCUUAACGAACACACUGCAUUCUAUACUACUUUUACUGCAUUAGCAAAUGGCCGUUUGAAUCUGAGCACAAGCGCUGGGAACGUUUCUGAUUAUGAAAACUUCAUCGUAAUGGGUCGCCUUAUUCAGACCGAAUUCGAGCUUCUUAAAUCGUUGGGAGCAACUUCCAAAGCUGUCGCUAUCGCUUCGAAAACACUUCUUGGAAUUAAUCAAAUGAUAUUGAAAGGUGCUCCCAUGCUGGCAGAAGAAGCGACAAGACUGGGUACCAUUGGCAGUUCAGCAAUGACAGCUGGAGGUCAAGCAUUAAAAACGGGUGGUCAAGCAGCGAGCGGGUUGUAUUGGUUAACACGCAAUGGAGGUAGUUGGGCGACUUAUGAAAAAUCAAAGCUGGUGGUCUAUCGAAUGUUCUUGAAUUUGGACGACCAAAUUCGCAUUUGGGUGAGCGAAUUGAAACGUUUUGGCUAUUAG